AGGGCAUGACUUGUCUGGAAACAUCGCUGCGAAGGUUGAGUCGGUGGGAGGGCUAGAAAAAAAUGUGAACGAUAAAAAAAAAGUUUGGGCCUAAUCAAUGGCCGGCAAUUUCACCGACCACGCAAGGAACCUGCGACCAUCUCCAAUCCGUCCCGGUACCAAUGGAGCCCCCGUCCCUUGUCGAAGCUCCUGCCUUGGAUCGGCGAAUCCCCGUCGCCCACCUCGUUCCAGCUGUCUCCGCAGUCUUGCUGCUCUAGUGGCUCGUUCUUAUCACCCUGAUGUCGUUUCUCCUCAUCAUUUGGGGGUAGUCCUCGGGCAGUGGGUUAUCUAUCUCCUUCUCCUAUCUAUCCACCCUCGCUUGCCGGCUGAUACGGCUUAAAAGACCGUUUCAUCGAGUUUUUUGCAUCUUGCAUUCUACUUCAUCUCCAUAGACCUGGAUUCCAUUUAUCUGGUCUAUUGUAUUUAUUAUUUUUUUUUAUUUGCAUUUUUCUUCGUCUGUUUUCUGGGAUCCGUAGCUACCUACCCAUUUUUUUGUUCUUUCUGUACAACACUACCCCGACAACCCCCUUGCUGUCCUCUUUGUUUUGGUCCUUUUAUAGGCUGGGGAGUGCUUGGAUGAUUUUCAUGUUCUCAUUUCUUCGGCUGGAAUGGAAGAAAUCAAGAUCCCUUCGCCGUCCGCUAUUUUAGACAUUCCGCCCGCCGUCUCGUCGGCCGGUGCACAUCCCAAAGCCUCGCCUCCGUCCGCUAAAAGAACAGCCACCUUCGGUCCCAACACGAGUCCGGUUACUAACAAGCCCAAACAGUCCAAGAGCCGUAAUG